UAACUUUCGACAGUGCGACGCUGGAUUCCAACUCGCAUCGGAUUCGCGUAUAAUCUACGAUAAAACAGUAAAUUAGGUAUGUGAAAUAAUAAUGAUGUAAGCUCGAAGGUCUAACAGAUCUGGAUGUGACGUAGUCGCCUAUCACCGCCACUGUUUGUAACCACCACGGGUCGUCUAAUUGUUGAAUAAUAUUUAUUAUAUUAUAUAUAAGAAGCUCCAGUCUAUCGAAACAAACCGGUUUUUGUUGUCGGCAUCGUCUGGUGACCACUGCGUACUCGUGUGCAAUGUCACUCUCGCGUUCGUCCGCCGGGAGUUCGCUAUACUAAAGCAUGUGCACAAACAAGCGCACUAAGAGUUUUACAGUUUUCGUCGUCAAUUACUUACAAGAUUCAGACAAACCAAAAAAUAAUUAACCAGUGAUCGCGUUGGGGCAAUAUUGUAAAAAAAAAAAGAAAUGUACGGGACGUUUGUGGUCGGGAUCGUGUUUUGCGUCGGUGUCGGUGGCAUAUCGGGUCAAUUAGUCAGGGUUCAACUGCAAAGAGACACCGAACGGAGGGUUGAUUUGUGCGACAGAGACUCGGAGUGUGUUCCUAGCAUCCAAUAUUGCAAUACCGCCACUGAAUCGCCGUCAAAGCUAAAAAAAUGCGGCUACAUGCAAGACAUAGUAGAGGGUGUUUGUUGUCCAGCUUCCAACAACAAUGUGCCGAAUAAACGAAAGAGGCAGACCAGCAACGAUUCAGACGAGUCAGACUUAGACAAAGCAUUAGAUAGGGCAUCGCCAGAGCCGAUAAAACCAUUUCCUGAAGAUCCAAGUUGUGGUAUAAACAGCAAAACGACUUCCAGUAUUAUGAAUGUACAAAGCACCACCGCAAGUGACUGGCCAUGGAUGGCAGUUUUCCUGGAAACCUUAGGUUACACAAAUUUUUGCGGCGGUGUUAUACUUAACAGAAGGUUUGUGCUUACGGCCGCACAUUGUUUCAAAAAGUACACGAAAAAGGAUCUUGUUAUUAGACUGGGCGAGUACGACUUUACUAUGAAAAAUGAAACUCAGUACAUCGAUUACAGAGCGACAGACAUCAGAGUGCACCCGGAUUAUGACAAAGCCACUAACAUCAACGACAUAGCCAUCGUCAAGUUGAACAGACCGACCACUUACAACACGUUCAUCCGACCGAUUUGUUUGCCGAAAACCAACAUGGUAGUUUACAAAAAGACUGCUAUCGUUACAGGUUGGGGUCAGACUUCGUUCGGCGGUGAAAUAAGCGACAUCCUCAUGGAAGUGCCCGUACCGGUGUGGGACCACAUUAACUGCACUUCGGCUUUUACACAACCCAUUUUCAGGACCAACUUGUGCGCUGCAUCGUAUAACGGAGGAAAAGAUUCUUGUUUGGGCGAUUCCGGCGGUCCGUUACUCAUGCAAAGACAGGAUGGCAAGUGGACGAACAUUGGAGUGGUGUCGUGGGGUAUAGGCUGUGCAGAACAAGGAAAACCGGGCGUUUACACCAAAGUCACUUCGUAUCUAAAAUGGAUAGCAGUUAACGCUCAGGACGUCAAUUAACCGACGACAUAAUUAUUAUUAUUUUAUGUCCAACUACUAAACACUUUUUAGGCGUGUAUAUAUGAUUACAAAUAUUUCGAUCGUUAUGGUUUUAUUAUUUUUUUUUUUACAACAACGUAUAUGUUAUCACUAUUUUUGUGUAAAAAUUAUACUAUAUAUUUUUAACAAUAACGAAUGAGUUGAUUUAACGCCUUUUUUGGUGACAUCAAAGUACGGAAUAAAUGAUUUGUAUUGUAGGUAA